AUGGUCGUCAAGGAGUUUCUCGACUCCGAUAGAGUCAACUUUCUCAUAUGGAGGUAUCUCUUGGAAGGCAAUUACCGAGAAACUGCCGCCAAAUUUCAAAAAGAAUGGCACGUAAAAGAGCCGCACCGCGAUCUUGAAUUUGCUCCCCAUGUUCAGGGUCAUGCGCUCGUCUCCGUCGUUAACAGAGGCCUUCUCUACCAGGCUCUGGAGCGCGAACACACACGCCAAAAGCUGCCGCAAAAUGCUGCUCCCUCAGAAUCAGAGACGUUAAAGGUUGGCGUCUUUGGGCCUCUGGAUCCACCGCUAACGGCCAAGAAGGAGAGAGAAGAAGCGACAGAGGCCCUAGAGGCAGAAAUGGCGAGAAAGCGCUCGCAAGCACAAUUAACAAACGGUUCGCCGUCAAAGCGACCGAAACUCAGCAACGGCUUCGACGCUUCCACCGAGGCUGACGCCGCCUCCACCACGCCCAUGGACGUGGACUCUCGAGAUCAGCAAGCCUAUCCAUCGCCACUCGAAGGCGAGCAGGUGCCGCCGUCCAUGGUGCACACUGACGGGCCCGAGCAAGGCACGCAAAUUGAAAAAGUCGAGGAAUUAACCCCAUCCACCACCUUUAUUCACCUCAUGGACGACACCGCCAGUGCCGACCGCCCAUCGUCGGCAUCCUCGUCCGUUGCCGAUAAUCCUCCUAUUUUACUUCAGUGCGAGUGGAACCCCAGAGAUCCAUCCAUGUUGGCGGCUGCUGGAACGGAUGCGCUAGCGCGGGUAUGGACAGUGUCGCGUAGCAGCGCCGAGCCAGGCCAGGAUCACGUGCAGCCUAGAGCCCAUGCGCUGAUUGAUCCCGACACGCCGCGAACGACAACUGUGACAGCCUUGGCUUGGACUGCUGACGGCGCCGCUAUUGCUGUAGCCACGGAUUCCGGUUCCCAAGCCAGCAUCAAUGUCUGGUCUGCCGAUGGCGUCCACGUCCAGUCUAUGGAGGUGGCCGAACCACCCGUCGUCAAGCUCCUGUGGAACCCCAGCUGCACAGCGCUGCUCGCCAUAUCUCCUGAAAAGGGCGGCGCAAUGGUGACAGUGUACUCGUCGCCCUCUGGAAAUUCUCUGUCAUAUCAUUUGCCCGGCCACGACAUUGGCACGACGCCGCUUGACGCCACAUGGACCAGCGACAUUGAGUUUUUGCUGUGUGGUGGCGACCUCCUCGUCAGCCUGCACUGCACAGACUCCGAUAUUUCCCAAGUUCGCAAAUUCGAAACAAAUGACGACGACAGCUUCUCCCAAGUGUUGUUUGACUGGCGCUCCAAGUUGGCCGCCACUUCUAGCGACAAGGGCGUACUAGAUCUCUGGGACGAAACCGGCCAGCGACGAUCCAUCACAGCGCACACCGGCGCCAUUACAACCAUGCAAUGGCAGCCUCUUGCACCCGGCCAAAUGGCGGCGGAUGAUGAGCGUCUUAUUGCUACGGGUGGUGACGAUGCUGCGAUUCUGAUUUGGAACGCGAGAAAACCAGACAGCAAAGCUAAGUGCUUGAUAACAAUGGGCUCGCCAAUCGUGAAGCUUGCAUUCACACCCGAUGGCGCAUUCCUGGCCGGUGCUACAUCAAGACAGGUUCUGAUCUGGAAGGUUGGCAGCGUCAUGCCUCGAGCCAGCUGGAACCGACCUCCGCACCCCGGCUGGUUGACGCCCAAGGGAACGUCAGAUUCGGAUGAGGAAGACGAGCACUGCCUGUGCUGGGAUAUGAGCGGUCAAAAGCUAGCCUAUGGCUCAAACAGCAGACUCGCCGUCAUCAACUUUGGCAGGUAG